AUGGCUGAAAAGGAAGCGUUCUCCCCAGUAGCGCGGCAGUCGCCCGACACGUCGAGCCGCAUCUGCUCGGCGGUAACGCUAUUCCCCCUUUACGCGGCGCAGAGGCUGCUGUCGUGUCUGGGCUACACGCACUCUGUCCGUAUGCAGAGUGGUCGAACGGUGAUAGUCAGCUCAGAGAUUACACAGGGAGGCUUUUCCUUCGUUUAUAAGGCCAUAGACACCGACACGGGCGAGCCCUUUGCGCUCAAGAAGAUUCUAUGCCAGACGAACGAGCAGGUGCAACUGGCCAAAGCGGAGAUCCAAGCGCUUAAAGCUUUUACCCACCCGAACAUUAUGUCACUCCGCGACUACGCUGUGGUGUCUACUGGGGCGGACUCUUUCGAGUAUUAUCUGCUGUUUCCGUUCAUGGAGAAUGGAACGCUACGUACUAUGAUUAACAAUGCAAUCAGUCAAGACGUUCGAAUCCCGGAGGUGCAGAUUCUAGACAUGUUCCUCCAGGUUUGUCGCGCUGUAGCAGAGCUACACUCUAAGUCGCCACCGCUUGCACAUCGCGAUAUUAAGCCCGAAAAUGUCUUGCUAUCUGACGAGGGUGAGCCGCUGCUGACGGACUUUGGCUCUGUCACCACAGCUGACGUCGUCAUCUCUAAACGAUCCGAUGCGCUAUUAUUGCAAGAGCACGCUGCACAACAGAGCUCGAUGGCGUAUCGUGCACCAGAACUCUAUGAUGUGCCUGACAAUGGCCAUAUUUCCAGCGCGACUGACAUUUGGUCGCUGGGCUGCCUGCUGUUUGCUAUGGCGUUCGGGUAUUCGCCGUUCGAAUGUUCUUUCUACGACUCGGGCGUCGUGCGCGUGGUGGAGUGCACAUACCUGGCGGUCAUCGGGCCUAUCAAGUUCCCGAAGAACUGCUCAUACUCAUCCAAGCUCUGCGAGAUGAUUCGUGAGCUUGUUGUUGUCGUUGCCAUGCUUGGUAUAGGUGGAUCCUGA